AUGUCCUUCGAAGGCGACGAGCGAUUGCUCGCCGCUCACGAUGAUGGAAGCAACCGCGCCGCCGUGAAACCUUGGAAUUCUGGGGAAUCUCCCGAAGCGCGCGAUGUCUUGUUCGUUUCCGACACGAGCGGUCUCGCUAGGGUUGACUCAGCAGGGUCGCCGUCGAACCUGGCGCAGUCGUGGUGGCGCGUGCCUCGGAUACUGGGACACGUGAAAGGGAAGUUUCUGGGUAAUGGGGAAGAAGAGGAAGGGGCAGAUGCUGGGGACGGGUGGGAGGAGGAGGAACGCGCAGGGAAAGGGCACGCGGAGGAGGGCGGGUGGGGAAGAGCGGGGGAGGGGGAGUGGGGGGAGAGCGAGGGGGACGGGGAGGGCAGCGAGAGCAGUUUCGUGCCUGGGAGCGAGGGGGGCAGCGUGGUGGUGUGGAGCGAGUCAGGCACGGUGACCACAGGGGGCGCGUGGAGCGAGGCGGAGAGCGUGGUUAUCCACCACUCCCACAGCGCUGCUAAUAGUGCAGCAGCGCGUGCCUCGAAGCAGCAGCAGCAAGGGCGCGUUGGGGGGCGUGCGGGGGAAGAGCAGGGCCAGAGCAGCAGGGGAAAUGCGCGGGGGAGCGGGUGGAGAGGCGGAGAGGAAGCGGAAGAGGAGGGAGCACGCGCGCAGGUCCCUGUGCGCAAAACUGCCGCGGACUGGUUUGAUGAUGACGAGGAUGACGAGUGGGGGCUCGCUGGCGAGGCGAGGCGGGAAGACUCUGAGAGGGGGGCGGGGAGCGCAGGUGGGAGCGGCAGCUGGGGUAGGAGUGGGAACGAGCAGCAGCGCGCGCAUGGCGGGGGGAGGGGCGCAGGGGGGUUGACACGCAAGCCCGUUGACCUGGUGGGGGCGGACGAGGUUGAUGAUAGUAGUGAGAGCGGUUCUAGCGAGGGGGAGACGGAGGAGGAGAGGCGGCGGAGAGAGGAGGUGCUGCGCAGGCGGAGGGCGCAGGUGGAGGGGGCGCGCGGGGGACGGGGGUCUGCGCAGAGUGGCAGUGGGUGGGGUGGGGGGAAGAGUGAGGAGAGAGGGAGUGGGAAGGAGAGGGGGAGUGGUAAAGAGAGGGGGAGUGGGAAGGAGAGAGGGAGCGGGAGGGAGAGAAGGAGUGGAAAGGAAAAGGGGAGUGGGAAGGAGAGAGGAAGUGGGAGGGAGAGAGCUACAGCAAGCAAACAAGAUGCGAGUGAGGCUUAUGUGCAAGGGGACAGCGCCAGACGAGCAGCAGGCGCAGCAGCCGCAUGGGAGAGGAUUGUCGGGAAGAACUCAGGCCCUUCCCCUGCUACACCUACUCAUGCCCCUGCUGCCCCUGCUGUUUCUGCCCCUGCUGCAUCUACCCCUGUCGCCCCUGAGUACGAUGAAGCCCUGGGCAGUGGCCAAGCGCCCUCCAUGCUUCCCAAGUCCUUCCUCCCCCCAUCCCGCAGCCUCACUACUGCUGGUGAAGCCGCUGCUGCCGGUGCUGCCGGGGGCAGCAGCUGGACUUCUAGCCUCGGCGCCCCUGCGUCUGCUGCCAGCCCUGCUGGAGGCUCGGGGAUAGGCUCGGGGAUAGGGUCUGGUGCGGGUCUGGGGUCGUGGAAGAGCAUGAAGCGCAGGCUCGGCCGGGCCACGAGCGUGGGCUCGGUGCAGACGGAUAUGGACGGGUGGUGGAGUGAGGAUGGGUGGAGCGAGAUGGGGAGGGGUGAUGGGCGGGACGAGGUGGGCAGCUGGUGGGACGAGGAGAGUGUGAUGAGCAGCUUCAGGGGGGAGAGGGGGGGCGGUGGAGGGGGAACAGGGGGGUGGAUGCGGAGUCUGUCUCGGGGGAGCAUGGGAGGGGGAGGGGAGUGGGGGGAGAGUGGGAGUGUCCCCGGCACGCCAUCCUCUGGCCGCCCCAAGACUGCAGACCCGGCAUUCGGCCGCAGUGGGCUGGGACGCCUCAAUUCAGGCGAGGGGGGACGUGGAGCGGGGGAUGGGUUGGCAGCAGGGGGGGGAGCUGGGGGGGAUGGCGCGGGCGCGGAAGGGGGCGGAGGGGAGGCGGAUGUGAGGGCGUCGAGCUCGUUUCUGGUGAACUGGCGGCGCAAGCGGCGGCAGCUGGAGCAGGCGAGGAUGCAGGACGCCCUCGCAGCAGGGGGCGGGGUGGGCCGCCCGGAGCGAGGGUCCAGGAGGUUUGGCGCCGCCGCCAAGCCUCUGGUUCGGAUCCGAGGCUCGGGGGUAGGUUCGAUGGGGGGGAUGGACGGGGGAAAGGGGCUGGAGCGGGUGGUUGAGAGGCGUGGGGAAGGGGGAUGGUCGGAAUCAUGCAGCAGUGGGAGUGGUGGCGGUAGUGCCAACAGCAGUGGGCGGAGGGUGGGGGAGGCUGACAGCCAAAGCAGCAGCAGGCGAGGGAAUGGUGUUGGGAGCUCUGCCCUUGCUGCUCCCGGUCCCUUACGUACUGCUACUGCUGCUGCUGCUGCUGCUGCUGCUGCUGCUGCUGCUGCUGCUGCUGCUGCUGCUGCUGCUGCUGCUGCUGCUGCUGCUGCUGCUGCUGCUGCUGCUGCUGCUGCUGCUGCUGCUGCUGCUGCUGCUGCUGCUGCGAGUGGUUCUGCUGGUGGUGCUGGUGGUAGUGGCAGGGGCAUGGGCAGCAGUGGGGCUGCGGGGGGAAGGGCGCUGGUGAAGCAUGCGAGCUGGCAGCAGGAGAGGGUGAGCAGGCAGGGCAGCCCCUGGGGGUCUAGGGGAGCAGGCGCCGGGGCAGGCGUGCUGCAGCAGUCCGUGGGGCAGGGGGGCCGUGGGGGCGAGGGGGGACGCGAGGGGGGUGAUGCUAGGGCUAGGGCGGGAGAUGGUGGUGGGAGGGGCGUGGGAGGGCGGCAGUUUGUGCGGCACUUGAGUCUGCAGGAGCGGGGCAGUGGAGGUGCGGGGGGCAUGGAGGGCAGGGGUGUGGAGGGAGGAAGGCGGGCAGCGGGAGGAGGAGGGGGAGGAGGAGGGCUAGGAGGGUGGUUGCCUGGCAGGCCUGGUUUGCCCCCUUCAGGUUCAACUUCAAGCCGAAGCAUUGGCAAGGCAGCACCUGCCCUCAGCCCCACCGGCCCAACUCACAUUGCUGCCGCUACCACCACCAGCAUUGACAGGAGCAGCAGCAGCCGGUCAGGGCGGGUUUUCCAGAAGAAUCUGAGCCUUCCAGAAGAAAGGAUCUCCCGACGGAGCAGUGGCCACUGGGACGCCGCCACAUCAGCAGCGGGGAGCGACUCAAACCCCAGGACCCCUCCACCAGCCAGUCCAGGUGGCCGCUCCCCAUUGGCUGGCAGGGGUCUGGGCGCAGCUGGGAGGGGGGGAAGCAGGGAUUGGGGGGCAGGGCGAGCAGGGGCGCCUGAGGCAGCCGGGGGAGCAACAGGGGAGCGGCGGUUUGUGCGGCACCUGAGUCUGCAGGAGGAGGGGGGGGGGCGCCAUAGGAAGAGCUUCAGUCAGUGGUCCAUAGGCCUGGGCCUCGCCGCUGCUGCUACUUCGCCUGCAACGCCAGGCUCGGCAGGAGGCUCGGAACGUAGGUCCGGGCUGGGUGGUUCGGAGAGGCGGUUGGCUCGGAGGAUGAGUUUGGGAGGUGGGGAGGUUUUCAGUGCUAGCGAGUUGGGGAUAGCCGUGGAGCGGCGGGAGGGGUGGCGCGAGGGUGUGGGGGGACUGCUGAGAAAGGUGGCAGGGGGUAGCAAGGACGAGAGCACAGCAGGUGCUGCUGCUGCUACAGGGGCUGGUGGGAGGCGCAGUGGCGGUGUGGGGGGACAGCAGCAGAGCAGCUUGACAGUGGGGAGUGGGGCGGAGGCGGGUGAGAGGGGAGCGGGGGGCGCGGGGGAGGCGAGGGCGGAGAGGCGGGCGCGGUACGCCCUGAGGGGCGUGCAGGGCAGCCGGCUGCGGGAGCGUGCGUUCCGACAGCGAUGGGGGGCAGGUGGGGCGACGCCUGUUGUGGAAGAGGGUGAGGAGGAAGGCGAGGAGAGCGAGGGGAGUGUGGCAAGCGAGGGGAGGAUGCCGGAUGGGGAGGGGAGGAGAGGGCGGAGUGAGGUGGAACGGAGGGUGGAGGGCAAGGGGGAGGAGGUGGCCAAGGGAGAGAGGAACACAGAGCGGAAGAGUGAGGGGAAUGGGGAGAGGAUAGGGUGGAGAGAUGGGGUGGAGAGGAAGGGCGAGGAAAGGGCGGAAGAGAUGGGGCAGGAAAGGGAGAAGGAGAAGAAGGAUGAAGGGAAGCAAGAUAUGUGUGAGAUGAGGAGGAGUCUGGGAGAUGAUUCGAAAUCGAGUCACGAGCACGUGAGAGGAGGUGAGGAAAUAGAGGUGAGAUGUCACAGUGAGGAGCGGGAGGCGGGGAGAAUCAGUGAGGGAACAAGAGGUGAGAGUGACUGUGGUGGGGGCGAGGACAACAGAGAGGUGAGAGGGAGGAAGGAGGAGGGUGUGGGCGGAGGAGGGGAGAGGGACGGGCAGAGCACAGCAAGGGAUGCGGAAGCAGGGAAGGGAAGCAGUGAUGGGGGCGGUGGUGGGGGCAGUGAAGGGGGACGUGAUUUGCUGUGGAAAUCAGGAUGGCAGAAGCAGGCGGGGCAACCGAUGUGGGUGUAUGAGGCACGUGGGGAAGAGACGGAGAUGGGCCACGCAGUGAGGGGGGAGGCGCGGUCCCAGACUCAGGGACAUGCACAGUAUGAGACGCAGGGGCACAGGACGGCGCAUGAGCAGAGGGAAACGAAGCAGAUGGGGAAGGAUGAGGAGAGAGAUAAGGAGAAGGAGAAGGAGGAGAAGGAAAGGAUGAAGGAGCAGUGUGAGGUGCAGAGGGGGCAUCGGCAGGGAGGCGUGCAGCAGGGCGUGGCAGGGCAGGAGUUGGUGCAUGCAGGGGGGUCUGGGAGAGAGGGGCGGGUGGUUGUGGGUGCAGGUGCAGGCAGCAGACGGCUGUUGUCCCGCAGCUCCAGUGUGCCUCAUCCUGCUGCCCUUGCUGUGCCUCAUCCUGCUGCCCUUGCUGUGCCUCACUCUCAUGGUGCUCCUGCUGCCUCCCGUCUCUUGGACCCAUCGCGCUCUAGCUCACAGCGUCAACAGCUCCAGUCCCCGCACCAACUACCGCAGUCCCCACAGCACCCCCAUGAGCAGCAAUCGGCGCAGCACCACCAUGAGCAGCAGUCCCCGCACCAUCACCACCACCGCCAGCCCGGUCGACCACGAGGCCUCGUGAAGACUCUCAGCCUGCCGCCCUCUGCUCUCUCCGCUGCCGCCGCUGCUGCCUCCGGUGUCCACAUUGCUGCACCUGGGGGUCCUACUUCGACACUGCGCCCCUCUGCCCUUGCACCACGCCCCUCUUCUCCCGCCCUGCGCCCCUCGUCCCCCUCACUUCGCCCCUCUUCCCCCUCACUGCGCCCCACUUCCCCCUCACUCCGCCCCUCUUCCCCCUCACUACGCCCCUCUUCCCCCUUACUACGCCCCUCUUCCCCCUCACUGCGCCCCUCUUCCCCCUCACUCCGCCCCUCGUCCCCCUCACUCCGCCCCUCGUCCCCCUCACUGCGCCCAUCUUCCCCCUCACUACGCCUGCGCCCCUCAUCCCCCACUCCCAUAACCAGUGGGGGGAGUGGUGUGAGGCGGGCAGGGGCACGAGCAUCUGAGCGCCCCUCAACCGCUCCAUUACAGCGCUCCUCCACUGCCCCUCAGGAGCGCCCCUCAGUGACCCCAAUGCAGCGCCCGUCCUCCCCUCAGCCGGCACUGCACAAGGCAGCAGGAGCAAGGGCGCCUGAUCAACACAGCACAUAUGCAGCCGCCCGUUCAGCCCACGCGCCUGUCCCCCACCCCCACCCUGCUGCCUAUCCGUCCUUUGCUGCCCACCCGUCCUCUGCGUCCCACCUUUCCCCUGCUAUUGACUCUGCCCCUGCUACGCCAGUGGCGCAGCAGCCAAUGGGCAGGGCGGGGUGUGAGGCGGGUGGGGCCCUGGACGCACGCAGUGUGGGUGCGGGAGGAAGGGGUGGAGGGGCGGGCAGUGGGCGCAGCAGUGAGGAGCAUGGGAGUGGGCGGUCGAGCGGGAGUUUGGGUGGGAGUGGGAGGUCGAGCGGCAGUGUAGGUGGGAGUGGGAGGGCGAGUGCCAAUGUGGUUCGGCGCAGGAGAGCGAGCGGGAGCGGGGAGAGCGAUGUGAGUGUUGUGCAUUUGAGUGCGGACGAGGGAGAGGGCGAGGGCGCAGGUGGCAGCAGGAGAGAGGAGCGGCAGCGGGAGAGGAGUGCAGGGGGGGAGAGGGGAAAGAAGGGGAAGGAGAGAGAGGUGGGUAAGAAGGGAGGGCAGAGGAGGAAGGCACAUGAGGAGGGAGCGGAGGAAGAGAAGGGAGAGAAGGAAGAGGGGACUGCUGGGGAUGGGGGCAAGGAGGAAGCGGAAGAGGUGGGGGUUGAGAGGGUGAUUGCAGAAGGGGAGGAGAGUGGAGAGCACGUGGUACGGCAUAAGAAGCUGGCGAAGGGGUCUGAUGGUCUGCAUGCGGGGGUGGGCAGGAGUGCAGGCGCAUGCACGGAGAGGAGACAUGAUGAGGAGCACACAACGGGACAUGAGAGGUGGGGAAGCAAGGAGAGCAGCAGGCAUGAGAGCGGCAGGCACGAGAGCGGCAGGCAUGAGAGCGGCAGGCAUGAGAAGGGCCGUGAGAAAGGACAUGCAGUUGAGCAUGGGGAAGGGAAGGAGCAGGAGGUUCUGACCCCGAAGCACCCAGACAAGAGCCCGCGGAAAGCAGGAAAGACAUCUAAGAGCCCAAAGGGUGCAGCAGCGGUGAAGAGUCCAAAGAGGUCUAAGAAGAGCCCGCGAGGAGUGGAGAAGAACCCGAAGGGGGUGGAGAAACGGCAUGGAAGGCACAGAGAGAAGCACGAGGGGGCGACAGCUGUGGAGGUGGUGGGAAGUGGUGUAGCAGUGUGUGAAGCGGUUGAGAUGGGUGCAGUGGUGCAUGGGAUGCAAGUGAAGGGUGGAGCGCAGGAGCAUGCGAUUCUUGAGGGAAACAAGAUUGAAGGGAAGGAAGAGAGCGGGGACAGGGGACGGGAACAGAGGAACUUGGGUAAGGCGGAGGAGGAGGAGGGUGAGAGUGGGAAGAGGGAACGGGACAAGAAGGGGGAGAAGCAGCGGAGGGAGAAGCGGCACAGUAAGGAGGAGAAGCAAAAGCAUGGGGGGGGGAUUGGGGAGGGUGAAGUGGACACGUGGAAGCAUGGGGGGAAGAAAGAGGGGAAGAAAGGGAAAGAGGGGCGAACGAAGGGAGAGAGUGUAGGAGAGAAGGGAAGCCACGAGGAGAAGCAAGGGGAGCAUGGUGAGAGGAAGGGUCAUGGGAAGAAGAAAGACGGGGAGCAUAGGGAAAAGAAGGGGAAGCACAGGGAGGAGAAAGGGAAGCAGAAGCAGGGGAGUGAGCAUGGGGACGAAUCUUGUGAGGCUGGCGGUGGUGUCAAGGCAGAGAGGGAGGUGGGUGGGAAGGAAGCGGGAGAGAGGCGAGGGAGGAAAAAGGAGAAGCGGAGGAAGAGCAGCAGUGGGUCAGACUCCGUGCUCUCACAUGCCCAUGCCCCCCUGGCCUCACCUCUGGACCACUCCCUGCCUCCCACCCCUACUGCUGCUGGUGUUACUGCUGCUGCUGCGGCUGAGGCCAUGCCAUGCCACACGGGUUCCAGCAGCUGUGCGUCCUCCUCAGACUUGAGUCUGGACCUGCAUGCCCAUCCGCACGCGCCCAUGCAUGCUGCCCUGCAUGCGCCCCUUGAUGUGGCACAUCCCCUCAUACACACUUCUGCUGCAGCACCCAUCCAUGCCACACCUCCCCCUGCGCCCGGCACUGCAUGCCAAAACGGGACAGCUGGCACUUGUGAUGAUGGUGGCAAUGGUGGCGACGGCACUGACUCGCAGCAGCACGCGCAGGCAGCUACACACUUUGAGGAGCUGCUUGAUCAUUCGAACAGCACUGCUGUUGCCGGUGCUGCUGCUGGUGCUGCCGUUGUGGCUGCUGAUGACGAUGCGCAUGGAGGUGCGCAUCUGCAAGGCAGCACGGUGGUGCAGGCAUGUGGAGAGCAGGGGUGGGUGCAAGAUGUUGGGGAUGCACUGCCAUCUGGUGAUGGGGAGGAGAGGGGAGAUGAUGAGGAGCAGGAUGAAAACGGGGAGAAGGAGGUGGAUGAGUGGGAGGAGGGGAAGGAGGAUGAGGCGGCGGAUGAGGUGCGUGAGGGGGAGGAUGAGGAGGGGGAGGAGGGGGAGGUGGGUGAGGAGGGCAGAGAGGUGCAGGUGUAUGGCAUGGUGCCUGUGGAAGGCGAGGUGCUGCUGGUGGGGCUGGUGGAAGCAAAUGAUGCAUGCGAUGCUGCAAGUGAUGACGCCAGUGGGGACGCACCACAUGAUCAGCUGACUGGCCAGCAGAUGGAAGCAGAGCAGAAGGAGCAGGCGCAACAGCAGGAGAAUGGUGAGCAAGAGGAGCACGAGCAGGAGCAGGGGCAGCAGAUGGAGCCGCUGCCGAUUGCAGGGUCCGUGCGAGCAGAGGAGGGGCGAGAGAAGGAAUCCGCUGCAGCAACAGCACGUCAGGGCUUGCAGAAAGAAGCUUCCACUGUGGAUGAUAGUGACGUGGCAGGUGCUGGCGACGCAGAUCGUGAUGUGGCAUGUGGUGACAGCGCAGGUGAUGCCAUGGCAGGUGGUGACGUGGCAGAUGAGGCCAGUGCAAGGGCAGAGACUGUGGUGGAUGCAGCAUCAGCAGACGCUGCAAGGGAUGCCGGCCGGGAGGCAUCCCAGCCUGCUACCAGCCACGUGGGGAGUGGCAGCAGCAGCGAGGCGAGCAGGGAGGAUGGUGAUAGUGGUUCAGAGGAGGAGGACGGCGCUGUGAGCGCAUGCAAUGAGGGGGAGGGGCAGGGCCGCAAGGCAGCGCUGCUCUCACCUCUGCACCUGGGGUCGUUCAAGCUGACUGCGUGGAGCCCUGGCAGUGCAGCAGUGGAGGGUAGCAGAGGGGACAGCAGAGGGGACAGCAGAGGGGACAGCAUAGGCGCUGCCAUCAAGGGCACGGAGGAGCAGAGGAGCUUCCGCUUCCACCCCGCCAGCUCUCUUGUCAUCCACGUGCCCCGCACCGCGUCCCCCUCGCCCCCCCACUCCCCCGCCUCCUCCUCCUCGCCCUCCUCCUCUGCCCUUACUCCCGCUCCAACCACCCCCACAGCCCCUCUCACUCCCUCUACGCCUCUCACCCCUUCUACCCCACUCACCCCACGCCGCAGCAUCUUCACGCCUCGCUCGCUGCUCUCUGCGUCGCUUGGUGCUUUUACUGGCAGCACCGGCAGUGGCCUGGGCAAGGGGCGAGCAGGCAGCAGCAACACCGGAAAGAGGGGCACUCCCAGCAAGGCUGGUGACAGCUGGUUCAGGAGCAGCAGUGCCACCAGUGCUGCCACUUCUGUCAGCGCUUCUGCUGCUGCUGCAGGUUCAACUGGCGCUGGUGCAGCAGGUGCUGCUGGGGGAGGUCGUACUCGUGGCUUUGGUGGAGGGAGCUGGAUUGAGGGGAGGAAGCCAAGGAGCGAGCACUAUUUAAAGGAGCAGCAGCAGAAGGAGGAAGAGGAACGGGGGAAGGGGAAGGCAAAGGCGAAGGGGAAGGGGCAGAGGCAGGGCGAGCAGCAGCGGCCGAAAACAGCUUCUGCGGCAAUAGGGCGGGCGAAGGGGCGGCUGGGGCAGUCAGGGAAAUCCGGCAGUGGCAGCGGCCAUAGCAGUGGCACAGAAUCUGCACAUGUGAAGGGCAGCACUGGAACGGCUGUUGCCAACCCCAAACUCCCUAUUGCUGAUGAUCCCAUCGCCCUGGACAUCCCUUUAGCGAUCAGCCAUGCGGCCACUCCAGUAACGAGACCACGUGCCUCCUCUCUUGCUGCUGCGGCUGCGGCCGCUCCUGUUGCUGGCACCCCUAGUGCUGCAGCUGCACAUAGUGCUGCUGGUGCCACUCUUCACAGUAAAUCCUGUCCCAGUCCCACCUCCCCGCCCUCCAUGGCCCUCCCGACCACCCCGACAAGCAGGAAGAAAUACACCCUCAUCGACCCACCUGCGCACAGAAAGCGCAACGAGGCAGCUAAUAGCGAGGACAAGAGCAGCAGCAGUGGCAGUGGCAGCGGGCAAGCACGCCGGCACUCCAUGCCAUUUGACUUUGCUCCUGGCGAUUCUUUACGAUCCUCUGCUUCCGAUGGCGGCAGCGCAAGGGAGAUAGCGAAGCAGGGCAGCAGCAAGAGCAGCAGAGAAGGUGUCAACCGGCAAUGGGAGGUGGGUGGGAGUGAAGAAGAGGCAUGUGCUAACACCAACAGCAACAGCAGCACCGUCAACAGUAGGAGCAGCGGCAGCAGUAAAAGCAGAAGCAGUGGCAGCGGGGGUGCUGAUGGCAUGGGCACAGGUAGCAGCAGCAGCAGCAGCAGUGCAGGAGGGCUCUCUUCCACUGUGACCUCUGCCCCCACCAGCACCACCACCACCACGAGCAACAGCCUGAACAGCAGCAGUGGGGGCGAGCAGGGGACGUCCAGAGGAGGCACAGGCAGCCAGGGAAGUGCUAGGAAGGAGGGCACGCAUGGGCAGCAAGGAGGAACGGCGGUUGGCUCUGAGGAAGCUGCAGGUGGUGCUGACAGCAAGAGUGACAGGGCAGCGGCAGCAGGCGCUAAGGGGAAACUGCCGUCAUUGCUUGAGAGGCUGGUGAUAGGUCGGUAG